AUGGUUUUCAAUCCUCUUGAUCUAGAUUACCGCAGGGUCAUUCAAUUAGUGGUGAUCAUUGGAGGUUAUAUAAUUGUCAGGCAACGAUUUGUUGCUUACAUGAAGACUAAGAGUUUGGAUGAGAAGUUAGAGAAAGAUAAGGCAAUAAAGACGCGAAAGCUAAUUCAAAGGCCCGAGGAUUUGCCUUCGGAUCCCAUAUCUGUUAGUGAAAUGUCAUGGGGUUGGGGGAAGCCCACGAGGAAAAAGAUGAAGACCCAGGAGAAGCUGCUAGAAGAGCGGAUAAGAGAGGCUGCAGAGAAGACCCAGGGAGGAGAUUUUACUGCUGAUAACGACGAUGAUAUUGCCGAUCUUCUAAUUGAGUGA